AUGGGUAUCAACUGGUUAGGUGUUUUUCCUAGUGAUGAUAACACCUCUUACGAUGCUGUAAACUAUCAGAAUUAUUGUCAGGUAGAAUUCACUCCUCACUUCUCAUCUAAAACAUUCAAUCUUAAUGCUCUUGUGGUAAAUAAAGUGACUUCACCUCUCCCAAAUUUCGAUAUUCAAAUCCAACACUGGCCGCAUUUGGAUAAUCUUAUACUCGCAGAUCCAAAUUUUUAUAUUUCGCAACAAAUUGACAUUUUGCUCGGUGCAGAUAUUUAUGCACUCCUCCUGGAUGGACUUCCCAUUUUUGGACCUUCAGGAACUCCAACUGCAAUUUCAACUAAAUUGGGAUACAUUUUAACUGGAAAAAUCUAUACUUCACAAAUGCCUGACUCGAUUGUGCAUUCAACUUUGUGUGACCAGUUAAAUAAAUUCUGGUCGAUUGAAAAGUUCCCUCCGAAUGUCCCAGUGGAAAGAAUAUAUGAUCCUUGCGAGGAAUUCUAUCAACAAUCGGUUUGUCGAAAUGAUGAAGGCAGAUUUAUAGUCAGUCUUCCAUUCAAAGAGGACAAAACUCUUGGAGAAAGCAAAGAAAAAGCGAUACAUCUAUUGUUUACCUUAGAAAAUAGACUAAACCGAAACCCACCAUUAAAAGAAAAAUUUAAUAAAUUCAUGAAGGAAUACUUGUCGCUUGGCCAUAUGAAGGCAAUUUCGAUUGACAGGGAGAAAGAAUCGCCAAAUUGUUAUAUCCCAUAUCAUAUGAUUCAAAAUGAAAACUUCAGUACCACUAAGUGCCUAGUCGUCUUUAAUGCGUCAGCUAAAACAAGUAAUGGCAAAUCAUUAAAUAAUAUCCUGCUGAUAGGAUCUAAAUUACAAACUGAUAUUUUCUCUCAUUUAGUCAAAUUUAGAUCCUACCGUGUAGCUUUUUCUGCCGACAUCGAAAAGAUGUAUCGUCAAAUUCUAAUUGCCGAUGAUGACCUUAAAUAUCAAAGAAUCGUUUGGCGAUCAACUCCAUCAGAUCCCUUAAUCUCUUAUGAACUUCAAACUGUAACUUACGGAACAUCCUGUGCGCCUUUUCUAGCGUUGCGAACAUUGCAACAGUUGUACUUAGAGGAGGAACACACUUUUCCAAUCGCCACACGUUAUGUUAAAAAUCAUUUUUAUGUAGAUGAUUUGUUGGCAGGAGCCGACACUGAAGAAGAAGCUAAAGCCAUUAUUGACGAAAUUCAAAACCUAAUGAAAUCAGGGGGAUUUAGUCUUCGAAAAUGGUCUAGUAGCCAUAAAAGUAUUUUGAAAGAUUUGGAUAAAUCCUUGUUAGCUACAGAAUCUAUACAUUCGUUGUGCGAUGAAGAAGUAAAACAGCGGGUAUUAGGUAUUUUUUGGAAUCUUUUAACCGAUUCGAUUCAAGUUAGAAUUGCUGAUGGAGAAAUCGUAAAUACAAAAAGGCAACUUCUAUCAGUUAUUGCUAAAACAUUCGAUCCGCUGGGACUGUUUUCACCUUCUGUAAUCAUAUUAAAAAUUAUGUUGCAAGAACUAUGGAAAUCGAAAGCCGCUUGGGAUGAUCCUGUUCCUCUUACCAUUCUAGAAACCUGGACAAAAUUUAAACAACAAAGCUAUAAUCUAAACUUGAUUUCAGUUCCUCGCUUCUUGGGAGUCGACAAUAAUUCUGACAUCCAAUUACACGGUUUCUGCGAUGCAUCUACAAAAGCAUUCGCUGCCGUUGUCUAUUUGAAAUCUAGACAGAAUCAAGUAUCUCUCGUAAGUGCUAAAACUCGUGUUGCUCCUAUAAAACAGCUUACUACCCCAAGGUUGGAACUUUGCGGAGCACUUCUACUUGCCGAGCUAAUAACUGCCAUCGAAAAAGCACUAUCUUUUCCCAUAAAAGAGCGAUAUUUAUGGACAGAUUCAACAAUCGUAUUAAGUUGGAUAAAUAGACCCCCAAGUAAAGGGAAUAUUUUCAUUCAAAAUCGAGUUAAUAAUAUCUUAAAUUUAACUUCAGUGUCUGAUUGGUAUCACAUUCCUGGUAAACUCAAUCCAGCCGAUUGUGCUACUGGAGGACUUUUUCCAGAGCAGCUCAAAAAUGCAUCUUAUUGGUGGAAUGGUCCUGAUUGGAUCAAACAAGAUUUUUAUCCUCUUGUACCGUCCUUAAAAGUGCUAACUACCAACUUAGAUGAGCCAGACUCCGUGCAGAAACCUACGUCCGUAAAUGUGGACAGAAAUCCUUUGAAUGACUUGCUACUCAAAUUUUCAUCUUACACCAAACUUAUAAGAGUAUUUGCAUGGGUUAAACGUUUUAUUCAAAAUUGUAAAGCUACCUGUUUAACCUCUAAAUCAGUAGGGCUCCUUCAAGCAGAAGAAGUAGAGGCUUCACUUAAAAAUCUAGUUAAACUCAUUCAGCAAACUGAAUUUUACCAGGAAAUUAAAUGUUUCAAGAUGAACAAACUCAUACCGAAAUCUAGUAAAUUACUCCCUUUAAAUAUAUUUUUGGAUAAAGAUGGGAUUCUCAAAGUGGGAGGUCGGCUUUCUAAACAUCCGACUCUUGCCUAUGAUCAAAAAUUUCCAAUAGUCAUCCCCAAAAGACAUCAUAUAACUCCCCUUAUAAUUCGACAUUUUCACCAACUCAGUCUCCAUGCUGGACCAGAAUUGGUUUUAUCACUCAUUCGACAAAAAUUCUGGAUUCCUAAUGGUCGUUCCACGGUGCGUCGAGAAAUCAAACGCUGUAUCGUUUGCUGUCGAUUAAAUUCUAAACCUUCGAUCCCUAAGAUGGGAGAUUUGCCAAGUAGUCGAAUAACAAAAUCUCGUCCUUUUGAAAAAGUUGGGGUGGAUUUCGCAGGACCGUUAGUCAUAAAAUGUCAGCAUCUCAGAAAAGCUACCCAAUUCAAGUCUUACCUUUGUUUAUUCAUAUGCACAGCGACUAGAGAAGUUCAUCUCGAACUCGUGUCCAGUAUGUCUACGGAAGCAUUCUUAGCCGCACUUCGUCGAUUUAUAGCACGACGAGGUCAUCCCACUGAUAUCCUGUCAGACAAUGGAUCGAAUUUCAUAGGUUCAGAUAAUUAUCUAAAGCAAUUAUUCAAGUUAGUCCAAGACCAGUCUGUACAAACUUUCCUGACUGUGAGAAACAUUAGUUGGAAAUUCAUCCCACCAUAUGCUCCCAAUUUCGGUGGUGUUUGGGAGUCAUCCACCAAACUCGCCAAAAGACAUCUCUUUAAAACUUGUCAAGGACAUUUGCUUAAUUUUGAAGAACUGUCCACUCUCUUAUGUCAGAUAGAGGCCUGUAUUAAUUCAAGACCUCUAGUACCACUUUCCAAUGAUCCAGCUGAUCUCAGGGCUCUCACUCCUGGACAUUUCCUAAUCGGGGAACCUCUUCUUGAGCUUCCUGAAGGAACUAGUCUCACUAAUCAAAAUCUUAGUCUUUCUUGCAGAUGGAAAAGUAUCUUACAGUUAAAACAUCACUUUUGGAUUAGAUGGACUAGAGACGUCCUUCAGCAUUUGCAAGCCCGACGGAAGUGGCAUCAACAUCAUCCUCCUUUGAGUGUCGGAGAUCUCGUCCUUAUUCAAGCUGACAACAUGCCUCCAUUAUCCUAG